CCUAGUGCUAUAAACGACCAAAUCUAGAUUAUCUUUUCCAAUAAUUCGAUCCUUCUUUGUUUUCUCUAAGCAACAAUGUUGUCGUGGAAAAGGAGUUUCCCGAUUGUAAAAGCAGUGUCUCGUUGGCCAGCUCGAGGUAUUCCAAAAGUACAGCAACAAGCGGUGAGAGUUUUAUAACACUAUUAGCUAACCUAGUACCUUCAAGGUUUAACACCGUUACCUAGCUUUUAUCAUUCAACUAGAACUUAAAAGGCACUUGGCAUUAAAUUAAAGAAGGGGCACCAAUGGGGCACUAACUAGGGGCAGGGGAUUUCCAUUCGGGUUGCAUAGUCUAUAAAUAGGAGAGGAAACAAUUAUUGCCAAGCACUUUCAUAUAAUUUUCAAUCUAUCUAGCUAUCCUUGAAAGAUUAGCAUUUUCUCUUCGUCCCCGUCAUGGCUAGUCUCCCUCCUCGCGUUCUAAUAGUCUCUAGAAGAACUGUUCGCAAGAACAAGUUUGUUGAUUUCAUCGGUGAAUAUCAUCUUGAUCUAAUAGUAGGAUAUGGAGCAGUUCCUGUCAUUGUUCCACGAGUUUCAGGGCUUGAUAACUUGUUAGAUAGCUUCAAGCCGUUCCAUGGAGUUCUUCUAUGUGAAGGAGAGGACAUUGACCCUUCUCUAUAUGAAACCGAAACAUCUAGCCUUUCAGCGGAAGAGUUAGAAGAAAUCAAGAAAAUGCAUGCUGGUGACACUGCCAUUGACAAAGAAAAAGACUCUAUUGAACUAAAACUUGCAAAGCUUUGCCUUGAAAGGAAUAUACCAUAUUUUGGAAUUUGCAGGGGUUCACAGAUUUUAAAUGUGGCAUGUGGGGGAACCCUCUAUCAAGAUAUAGGGAAAGAGCUGCCUCAGAAAUUUCCUGAAGUUCAAAGUGUUAGCCACAUGAACUAUGACAACUAUGACGGACAUCGGCAUGUGAUAAAGUUGGUGGAAAAUACCCCACUUUAUCAUUGGUUUAAGAAAUCGAUGAACAAGAAAACUAUGGAGAUUUUUGUGAAUAGUUAUCAUCAUCAAGGAGUUAAACAAUUGGCUAGACGCUUUGUCCCUAUGGCUUUUGCACCUGAUGGUUUGAUUGAGGGAUUCUAUGACCCAGAAGCAUAUAAUCCUCAGGAAGGUAAGUUUCUGAUCGGUCUACAGUUUCAUCCCGAGCGAAUGCGACUUCCGGGUUCAGAAGAAUUUGAUUAUCCAGGCUGUGCAACUGCUUAUAAGGAAUUUGUGGGAGCAGCUAUUGCAUAUCAGAAGAAGCUUUUCAAAACCAGUACAGCUCAAUCAAGAAAUGAAGAAGAGGAAAAUAAUUGCUCGAAGUUCUCACUUCGUCCAUCAAAACAAUUUACAGUGCUAGAUGAGGCUAAAUUUCUUAAGUCCGAAAUGUCCAAUGCAACUUUGACUUUCCAAGAAGAGGUUAGGCUAAUGGAAGUAGGUGCAACAGUGAGGAAUUCAUCUUCCUACUUUGAUAAAAUGAAAUCAAUCAAAGGGAAAGAAGUUGUAGCAAAAAGGUUGAUGGGAAAGAUGUCAACAGAACAUGUAUCUAGCCUCAUGUCAUUCUACCAAAUGAUGGGGCAAAUCUGUUCAGAAGUGUUACAGACAAAACUACAUGGAGAUGGCAGUGAACUUAGCUUUUGAUUAUUUAUUUGUUAUAAGUUAAGGUCAUACCUUAUACAGCUGUAGAAACAAGCUUACUCCUUUUUAUAUAUAGUAUAGAUACCCUGUACCCUUAUUAAUGUUGUUA